GAAAGGGGCGGAAGCCGUGCGUGUAAUCGAGGGGAAGCUAGCAAGCAGCAACAUCCCCCGAAGGAUGCUCGUCUCUCAGGUGAGAUUUAGCGGGAUGUAUUGAUAAUAAAUCCGAAGUUAAGGCAGACGGACGUUCUGGAGCAGCUACCGCUUUACAGCGGAAGGGAAGGAGAGUGACACAAAUAGGCAAACAGAGGCCCAAACCUUAACGUUGCCUCUAUACUGCGACCCUCCUGUUCCCCUCUUAAAGUAUGCGGUGACUGAGACUGACGCCAGAAGGCACAGUGGAUCCGGUGGCAGCGGCGGGUGUCUAGCUUAGAUGAAGGAUGAAGAGCCCGGUGCACAGAUGCAGGGAUGUGGAGCAUGGGCGCGGGCAGGGCAGGGCCACAGCCAACUGCCUACAGGCCGAGCAGCGCAUCCCUAUCUCCAAAGACGUGAUCACUUCCUCCGCAGCCUCCGCCAUGUGGUUCAUCAGGGACGUCUGUGGCAUCGUGUGCGCCGUCAUCACCUGGCUGCUGGUGUUGUACGCAGACUUUGUGGUGCUGUUCGUGAUGCUGCUGCCCUCCAAGAAUCUCACCUACAGCAUUGUGAACGGGACCCUAUUCAACAUUCUGGCCUUCCUUGCCCUUGCCUCACACCUCAGGGCCAUGUGCACUGACCCGGGGGCGGUGCCAAAAGGGAAUGCCACCAAGGAAUACAUAGAAAGCCUCCAGCUGAAACCAGGGCAGGUGGUCUACAAAUGUCCCAAGUGCUGCAGCAUCAAGCCUGACCGAGCACACCACUGCAGUGUUUGCAAACGCUGCAUACGUAAGAUGGACCACCACUGCCCCUGGGUCAAUAACUGUGUUGGGGAGAACAACCAAAAGUACUUUGUGCUCUUCACAAUGUACAUUGCACUUGUCUCCCUCCACUCUCUGCUCAUGGUGGUCUUCCAUUUCCUCUACUGCUUUGAAGAUGAUUGGACAAAGUGCAGUUCCUUCUCUCCUCCAGCAACAGUCAUCCUCCUCAUACUCCUGUGCUUUGAAGGCCUCCUCUUCCUCAUCUUCACCUCUGUGAUGUUCGGCACCCAAGUCCACUCCAUCUGUACCGACGAGACCGGCAUAGAGCAGUUGAAAAAGGAAGAGAGAAGAUGGGCUAAAAAAACUAAGUGGAUGAACAUGAGGGCGGUAUUUGGACACCCUUUCUCCUUUUUGUGGUUUAGCCCGUUCUCCACCCCUGACCAUGGGAAGGCUGAGACCUACCAGUAUGUGGUGUGAGAGCUCAGCGCGUUGAGCGUGGUGACCCGGGUCAGAACCAAAGUGGGAAACCACUGCCCGGCCCCGUAGAGCUCAGCUGGGGCAAUCCGUUGCUUUCAAUGCUGAACACAUUGUAUCUCCCACACAUUAGCCAUGGACAGCUUCCCAUCUGCUUUUUGUUUUGCAAUCCAAGUGCGCUAUACGUUUAUUUUUGUGUUGCCUUGUGCGUUGAGUUGCAGAGAAAAAGAAAGCACUUUCAUUUUGUGAAUCCAGUUUGAAAACACUGUGAUAAAUCUGUAUUUUUGUUUCCUGAGCUGUUUCUAUUUCUGUUGUUGUAUCAGAAGCCUUUUAUUUUCUUGAACUAUGUUUACUCUAUCAUUCCCUCAUAGAUUUAGUUCAGUUAAAUUCCAAAAAAACCCAUUGACUUACUUAUCCCGAGUGAUGUCUGGCCAUGCUGGUAGUUUAAGGUGUUGAAACUGCCAUCCCCAAUACAAUGGAAGAAAAUGGAAUUGAAUAUAGGGCUACCACUAACAAUUAUUUUCAUUAUCAAGAAAUCAGAUAAAUAUUUUUAUUUGGUAGUUUAACUGUAAAAAAAAACAACAUGUUCCCAGAACUGUUAAAAAAAUUAAAUUCUAAUCCCAGACAAAUGAAACCCAAACUAUCUACAUGGCUUCAUACCACCAGUGGUGAGUGGAAAAAUGUCGUUUUUGAUGAGUUUACCAUUUUUUUUAAAAUCAUCUUCUUGUCAGAUAGUAAUCAGUAGUGUUCCAGAUAUUGCCACUAUAAUGGAUUGGAUUAAUUGUUAGGUUACAGUAGUUUCUACAAUCACAUUCCUUGUGGGAGCAAUUCUGAAAACCGAUCCAUUCCUAAGGCCUUUACACACCGGGAGCAUGACAAAUAAACAACACGAAAUUGUCAAAGGUAAAAGCAGAAGGAGUGGAUCUGGUAGGGGCUGCCUUUGUUAAGGUUGAAAGGAGUGAUAAAGUUUGCUGUCUUUGUACAGACUACGAAGCUUUAUAUGUCCGUUCCGUACAAUGUGGUUUGUUGAUUCCUUAUAGAGGUGUAAAUACACAGAAAAGUCAACCUUCUUCUGAAAACAAUUUUGGCAUAAUAUUCCAGUCAGUGUGAAAGUAUUCAUGAUAAAAAGCCACAGUUCGAAAGAUAUUUUAAAAAAUGCCCCCUGUGGGUAAAGGCCUGUAGGCUGACCCUUUUUAAAUGGCGCCAAAUACAGCACAUAAAGGAACACUUUGCCAUCAUUAUUGUGGAUGUUUGGUAUAAUGUCUAUGAUACACCAUUCAUACAAAAUUGCCUACCCCAUGUUUUCUCCUGAUACCUCAGCUGAGGGCAUCUGCCAACAUCGAUUUCCUGUGUAAUACCAGUGCUCUGAUUUUCCCUUUAACUGGGAAUAUAUUAACAUCCCUACGUAGAGUAUUUAUUGUAAAUACUGAGAUCUGACCCCACCCAGUGAAGAACCCAGUGAAUCCAGCCUGAGAAAUCGUUCGCUAUUGUUAUUGAUGGGUACAUUGAUGGGUGGUGUUUAGUGCUGUCCUCGAAAAAAGAAACUCUUAGUUGACUAAUACUCCUCUUAUUUUGUCGACUAAUCGAUUAGUUGAUUAAAUCAACAGACCUGUAAAACUGAGUGUCUCCACAAAGAAUCGCACAAAAGCCCCAUUAUAAAUCUUGUGUUUACCAGAGAUGUGGUCGUAAGUCUCUUUUGAUUUAAGUCAUUUAGUAUAAAAAAAAAGCAUAAGAAAGACUAAUUGACUCAAGAAGUAUCAUCAACUGAGACCAAAACGACUGAUUAGUUUGCUACUCGACUAAGAGGGGGCAGCUCCAGUGGUGUUUAAAGAAUCCACAGCUCACCUGUGGGACAGUAGACGGUAUCUUACCAUACAAGAGAACAUGUUCAAAGUGAUCCUUUAGUGUUGUAUUUAAGCCUUUUUUAUCCCUUUUGAGAAAAACUACGUACAAGGCCAAAAAAAGUCACAGUGCAGUUUAAUUAUGUGUUUAAAAUGAAUUUAAAAUCUACAUGUUGCCCAGUUGUGGAACAAUCUCCCUGAUUCCUCUCUGAUACAUGCUUUACAUGAACAAAUCCUUUGUUAGAGGGCAGAUAGGUAUCCCCCCUCCCAUCAAAACAAACGAUUGAAAAAGAGUCUGCUUGCUUUAGUGGUUUCAGGCUUUGCUGAAUCAUUCUUGUACUGCUUUAUGGGGACAUGAAAUCUCAGGUUCUCAGUCAAAUUUCAGUUAGCACAGAUGUCCACCUCAUCGUGUCUUUCAACAAAACAUUGUGAGGAUCUUGUCGGUAGAUUCCUCCCCCCCACCAUUACACUAACACCCGUGAGUGUGUGAGUGUGUCUGUGUACUUGCACAUCUAUCUUUGUGAGGACCAACUUGAGUUUUAGACUUUCAAAGUGAGGACAUUUUUGAUGACGUUUUGCAGGUCCUCAUCUCUUCAAAUCUUGUUUGAUGGUUAUUUGUCAUUCAAAAAGCGAAACCAGACGAUCUACUGUAGGUCUGGAUAUACAAGCUGUUGUUAUAAUACGCACAUGAAAUCAAGCAGCCUUUGUCGACCAUUUUUCUGCCACUCUCGCUCACCACUUCAUUACAGUCAGCCACCUUGUUGUGAAAAUAUUUGUGUACACUGGAAUGAUUAGAAGAGUGUGGCCUCUUGACUUAAGACGUCGUCAUGCUUUCCUCACUGCGUUUUUAAUUAUUGUGCGCUGAUUUGCUUAAGCUGAACAGCCAAUCAGAGGGACAGGAUUAAACGGCCAAAAACGUUGCCAGCAGUAGGGACACAUCACAAGAACUAGGGACACAGACACUUACUAAUGACCUGACAUUGGCUGACCUGAUGUAGCUUGCGAUGAUUAAGGUUAAAGUAAGGGGGGUAGGGAGUGAUUUUCCUCGAUAUGAGUGUCCUCACAAAGAUAGAAGUACAGGAAUGUGUGUGUGCCAGCGCAUGAAACUUGCCCGUGAAACACUCCUGUGCUCUGUGAUGUAUUGACGUUGUGAGCGCGUGCCAAAUUAAUUUAACCCCACAAUGACAUGAUUAUUUGGGAAAGGUUUGACAUGUAAUUCCUCAGAAAAGGUAAAAGUAUUAAAAUGUAAAUUGUAUGAAAUCCUGUGUGGAGUCAAAGGGACGCGCCGUAUUAAAAUGUUUAGAUUUGCAUUCUUCUGAUUAUUCAGCAGCUGGAUGAAAGCUUGACUGUAUUUCUGCACUAUAGAGUGCUGCAGGAAUGAGUCCUAAAACUUGGUAAAUGUGCCUGCAUCUUUGCACUUCUGGUUUCCUCGUCUCAAAGUCUAUUUUGAUAAUUUUUUGUGUUUUUGGUUAAAUGCCAAUAAUAUGGUCUGUGGCUAACAUGUUUUUAUAGAUUUGUGUUCUGCAACAUUAAAUAUACAGAAUAUAAAUUAAGAAGCUUUUACAUGUCUUAAAAUUGGUGGUUGCUAACAAGUGGCUAAAUGAGACUACAAAACGUCAUCACUAGAACACUAGUCCACCUUUAGCAUAGUGGUUGUGACGUGAAGUCAUGUGACAGCGGUGUAGUUAAUUUUAACGCUUUAUACUUUCGCCAAUUUGCUUUCAAGCUCUAAAAGUCAUUUUUUUUGGAACCAGUGCAACUUCUGGGGUUAGCCCUACAACAAUACAUCAUCCCUGCACCACUCUAUUCCAGCCUGCUUCAAAACACUUAACUUUCAUCAUUCACAUUUACAAAAGUACUAAAAACGCUGAUACGCACUUUGUAUUUAUUAUUUAAGAUUUUCUCCUGUGUGAACUGCUCUGUUCUGAACUGUGCAUUUCAUUCUCCUAUUCUUUGUUUACACGAUAUGUUAUGUAUCCUUUGUUAUCUGAAUGCAUGGUACAGGUGAAGGUUAGUUUAGUGAUGUAUGUGAAACACUGCCGGUAUGAUGACGCCAAGUCAUCACCGGUGAGCGUGAUGGUGGAGAUGAUUUGUUUUUUACGGAAAUUUUAAUUCUUUCUAAAUAUUCUGAAAAUAUUUCAGCACAUGCGGAGAAUAAAUACUUCUCAGUUGCAAUGCAAAAACUGUGUUUGCUUGCUUUUUUUUGAAUGUAUUUAUUUCUCUUUGAUUGUGGGGGGCCCUUCUACACCCAAAAUGUGUUUUCACCUCUCUAUUUGUUAUGUUUAAUAAGGUUACAGAAAAGGUUUCUGCUUUCCCUGCAUACAGUCCUCUCACACCCUGCAUUGUUCAAUUUUUUCACUCUGUCCUUGUCUUUCAUUCUAUUCCAUAUUUACUCUCUUUAAACUGCCUCUUCCCCAUGCAAUGUUCUCUCUACGCUCAUGCAUUUGCUUUGGUUGAUAACUCG